UUUUUUUACAAAUUCUAAUUUUUCAAAUUGUUUCAUCUCCCAUACAUGGGAACUAAUGGAUAAACCACUGAUGUAGUCCUUUCUUCUACUUCAACCCCAUCUACGCCUGUUGCAACUGGUUCUAUUACUAACUCUUUGGUUGAUUCAGCUCACCCUUACUAUUUGCAUACUUCUGAUUACCCAGGUAUGAACCUGGUAUCUUCAGCUUUUGAUGGAAGAGCGUAUGGAGGGUGGAGACGAGCUAUAGUGAUAGCUUUGUCUGCUAAGAAUAAAUUAGGGUUCAUUGAUGGAACCCUAGCUCUUCCUGAUGUAGAUUAUAGACUUCACGGGGCUUGGUCAAGGUGCAAUGACAUGGUUCUCUCAUGGCUUCUCAACUCAGUAUUAAAAGAGAUGGCAGAGAGUGUUGUAUUCUCAGAGUGCAAAGGACUUUUAGAAUGGCCUCGAAGACAGAUUUGGUCAAACAAAUGGAGCCAAACUUUUCCAACUACAAAAGAAAUUAAGUGUUGUUAUGCAAGGUAACCACAGUGUUUUUACUUACUUCAUUAAGAUGAAAAGUUUAUGGGAUGAACUAGAUGCUCUCAAUACUUUCUCUGCUUGUGUGUGCAACUUUGAUUAUGGUGCUAAGGAUAAGGCUAUGAAAGCUCAUCAGGACGAGAGACUACUACAAUUUCUUAUAGGUUUGAAUGACUCCUUUAUAGGAGUUAGGAGCAAUAUACUCUUGUCCUCUCCCCUGCCAUCCAUUGGUCAAGCAUACUCAUUACUAUGCAGGAUAAAAAGCAGAGGGAGAUUCAUGCUACCCCUACUAAUCUAGGGGAGUCAGCCUCUUUUGUUGCUAAUCAGACAGGAGGGGGGAAGAAGUUCAAUGACUACAAUAGACAGAAAGAGGGUUCAGAUGCAAAGAAAUACUCAAGGAUAUGUGCUUAUUGCAAGAAGCCAGGUCAUAACAUUGAAAAGUGUUACAAAAUCCAUGGGUUUCCAAUAGAUUUUAAGUUUACAAAGCAGAGAAAAUUUCAGGGAGCAACUCAGGCAAAUAAUGCAUUCACUACAAACAAUGAAGGGGAACAGAUAGUUGCAGAUUCAGAAGCAAAGUCACUCACCAAAGAGAAUGUAGCACAACUACUUCAACUCCUUAAACAGUGCAAGGCCCUCCACUAAAGAGCCUUCGAGAGAUUGGUAGGGAGAGAUGAGGACUUUACAUUCUUCAAUCAAGGCCUUCUGCAACCAUUUCCAAGAAUUUAGUUCAAUUUCACUAGUAGAUAUUUUGUAUCUAGCAUAAAUUUUAAAGAGAAACAUUAUAAACCUACUUUAUAUUCUUGUUUUACUUCUUCAGAUUUCAAUAUAAAAUAGAAAUUAUGGCAUUAUAGAUUAGGCCACA